AUGGGGGACUCAGGAUCAAGACGAUGUACCCUGGUCUCCCGGUUGCCAAUAUUCAGGAAAAGUAUUAGCAGAAGACAUGACUCUCUCCCGUCUUCACCCUCUUCGAGUAACACAGCUGGUGUCCACAGCUCCUCUCCUUCCAGCACUAACUCCAGCUCAGGGAGCAUGGGGAAACGCAGGAGCAUAUUCCGAGCUCCCUCCAUCAGCUUCCACCACAAGAAGGGGAGUGAACCUAAGCCAGAACCCACCGACCAGAACCUUAGUAUUUCCAAUGGUGCUCAACCCAGUCACAGCAAUAUGCAGAAACUAAGUUUGGAGGAACAAGUCAAAACCAGGGGAAGACAUUCUGUGGGUUUUAGUAGUUCGCGAAGCAAGAAGAUAACAAGAUCUCUGACGGAAGAUUUUGAAAGGGAAAAGGAACCUUCCACCAAUAAGAACGUCUUUAUAAAUUGUCUAAGUUCUGGCAGAAGUGAAGGGGACGAUUCUGGAUUCACAGAAGAACAAACUCGCCGUUCUCUUAAACAGUCAACAAAGAAGCUUCUCCCCAAAUCCUUUUCAUCUCAUUCCAAAUUUUCUAAGUCGGUUCCACAGAGCCAAUCCAAGUCAUUGGUACAGCAGCCUGAGUUCUCCCUGGCGAUCUCACAGUACCAGGAGCGAGAACCGGCCUUAGGAAGACCUUCCCCUUCUUGCUCCGCAGAUAAAACAGAGCACGCAGGAAGUUCCUUACAGUCCCCUAUGCUUUCCACAGACCUGACCACAGCUCAGACCCCUUCAGAAUUCUUGGCCUUGACUGAAGACUCUUUGUCUGAAGCAGAUGCCUUUCCUAAAAGUGGAAGCAUGGCAUCGCACUGCGACAACUUUGGUCACAAUGAUGCUACCUCUCAGCCCACCCCUGGUCUCACAGCUGUCACAAAGACAGCAAUGGAAUUUGUGGGGACUGUGCCCUGUAUGAUGAUGUCUCCUGGGAGGUACAGGUUAGAUGGCCGGUAUGGCAACGAAUUGCAUUCUUUACCAGAGACCUCUGCUGCAAACCAGGGGGCAGCUUUGAUGCAAAGCACUGGGCCCCUUGUUAGGAAUGUGAGUGACCCAGAGACCCACCUUCCAGCUGGUCAUCAAACAGAAGAGAAACCUGCUUCUGAACCAAUGCCAAGGACCAGCUCGCCCAGGACACUGGGCUCCUAUGACCAGCACAAGGCGCUGGCUGAACGAAUUAAAGGGGUCCACCCUGUUUCGGAUUCAAGGGUAAUCCCUUCAUCGGGGGAUCACCAUGUUUUUAACAAAACAUCCUAUGGAUAUGACGCAAGUGCUGCCAAAGUUCUUGCCAGUAGCCUGAGUCCAUAUCAUGAAGGAAGAUACAUAGAGCGGCGGCUGCGGUCCUCGUCUGAAGGGACAGCGGGGAGCGGCAGAAUGGUCUUAAAGCCAAAGGAUGGGCAUGCCGAAGCCAGCAGCUUAAGGAAGCACAGAGCUGGGUCCUCAUCCUCCAAAAUGAACAGUCUGGAUGUUCUGAAUCAUUUGGGAUCCUGUGAACUGGAUGAAGAUGAUCUAAUGCUUGAUUUAGAAUUUUUGGAAGAACAGAAUCUUCAGCCCCCAGUUUGCCGGGAAGAUUCGUGCCACUCUUUAAUGUCAUGUGCAGCUGUCCUUCUUAGCCCUGUGGACCCAACAAGAGAAAUGAAGAAGCUAGAAGAACCAAAGUGUCCUGAGCCUUCAAAACAGAGUCUUUCCCUGAAAAUUACAAAAGACAUUGAUCAAGAAGCCCGGUGUUCCCAUGUUAGCCGAAUGCCCAGCAGUCCCUCUGCAGAUUGGCCCCUGCUGGGAGUGGAGGAAAAUGGAGGUAUAGAUUCUCUGCCUUUCAGACUGAUGCUACAGGAGUGCACGGCAGUGAAGACACUGUUACUGAAGAUGAAGAGAGUGCUUCAAGAGGUAGGGCAGUUCUGCAGUUAUCGCUUGUCCAUGCUGGUCUGA